AUGAGAGCACCUGUUUCGUGCAAGCAUUUCGACAAGAGGUUCGUUGAUCAUUUUAUUUAUGUGAAGAUAGUACUUGAGCCUAUAUACAAAGGAGUAGUCAAUAGAUGGGCGGAAUGGCAGGUUAUCAAUGAAAGGCUCGGCAAGCCCUCAAAAGCUCCCCAGGAAAGCCAACCAUCGACCGAGAUCAUGAUUAGUGGUGCACUUCAGGACACCAUUAGAGUUAAACCAGGCUUGAUGCACUGUCAAUCAAUUGCGAUGAUAAGGGAGUUGAGUAGAUGCUUCCACUGCACAACGUGUCCGACAUUUAUGCACAAAGUAAUCAACCGACAGAUCCUUGAUCUUUACAGUAUAGCCGCUACGGCAUUAACUGCUGACAGAAGAGGCGACAUUCUGCGAGACGAGGUGUUACCCAGAGCAGACGCACAAGAUGCUGUCGGCAGCGACCUAUUGACAGCUUCUUUGCAACUUCUGACAUCUGAGCUUUAUUUCAAGUCCUCCUACAUAUCUCGGUCUCCAUCUUAUCUACUACAAUUUAUUCCAGCUUUGUCAUAUUGGGGGGGUAUUGACGAAACCAUCACACUUCCUACAAUCCCGAAAUGGGUGACACUCUUAAAAGUACCCAGAGCAGCGAAUAGAUUUUUAAUUCCUUUAUCAAUACUCCAAUCACCUAUAUGUGACAUGAGCGAUCUCUGGCCAGACAGCGAACUCGAAAGCCUUGGUAUGACACACACAAAGAGCCGCCACUAUACUCAAGCCAACACCCCUGAGCAUCUUCAGCUGGAGCAAAAACUCUCGCUGGCAUGUACAAAGCCCACGCCCAUUAUCGUCCAGAAGACGUCCUCCCGAGUCAUCCUAGUAGGCUGGUACACUCUUGACGACUACGCAAACCCGCUCAACUGGGUGUCAUGGAGAGAUUUGGCGUUAAUUCCCAUAAUAGGUCCCAAUCCCCUCUACAUUCUCACUUUUAUCAUAUUCCUCGUUUUGUCGUUUCCUAAAGCACUAGUCGAGAGCUUUGGCGGACUACAGACCUUACGAUUCUUCUCGCUUAUGAAAGCUCUCCACCAUUUAUUUCAAAUCCAACGCCUUAUAGAUAUCUCAAAUGAAACCCAGCGCGCUAGUUUCAAGGCCAUCGCCAUCAGAGCCGGCAUUCUCGGUAUCCCUGCAGCCAGCGUAACUCAAACUACUGCAUCAGAGAGGUGUUUGAGCAAGCGUAGGGAUAUUCUGAAGCGGGUACCUUAUUGUACAUGCUGA